AUGAACUUAAUAGAAUUAAAACGGGGAUUAGUGGUGGCAUAGGAGAGUCCAACCAGAUAUAAACAGAGAUCCUCAACUGACGGCUCGCCUCAUCUAGAAAGAAUCUCUAUUUUUGGCAAAGCUCCAACUUUAAAGUAGUAAUAUUCAGACUCAUCAAAUCAUGAAGAGUUUGAUUUUCAAGAUGGUGGCUUAGAUGAGAGAUAUAAUAUGCUAGGAAAGAUACCAGAGCAGCCAGACAGUGAUAGAAAUAUUGAUAGCUAGAAAUAGUUCUUAAAUAAUUAAAUAAAGAUUUAGAGACAGUUAUUGCAGAAUAUCAAUAAAGAUGAAAUAACUAGAUUACUGGAGAAUUUGUGCAAGGAUUUCCUUAAUUCAAUCAUCAAGCAUAAAGCCUAUGAUAUUAAAAUGAGUUUGAUUGACAUUAUCAAUUUACCAAAGGAAGAGUACUUGAUCGAGGGUGAGGGUUCUGCAAUAACAAUAGCUCCUUAAACAAUAAUAAAAAACUAAUAAGCUUAGAAAUUUAAACUGAGUUUAUACCAGGAUGAAAUAGAUGAGCUUAAAUCUAGGCUAGCAGAAGAAAAAUCAGAAAAAGAUAAGUAUUUUUCAAAAUUUGUCCAGGCUAAGGAUACGAAUAAAGAUCUAUAACAAAUGAUUUCACAGAUGAGAGCUACUUAUACCAAGGAGCUACAAAAUCUAAGAGACUCAUUAAUCUUAAAACAAUAGAAUAAGAAUUUCCAGUAUACUGAAGUAAGGUUCUUCGAUACAACUGAAACUAUGGAUGAGGGGACAAAAACUAUGCUCAAUAUGAAAAUUUAAGACAUGCAACGCUUAUACGAGGAUUAGAUAAGAUAGUAAUAAGACAAGCUUGAAAUAUUCUAGAGACAGAUUAUCAUGUUUGAGAAGUUAUGUGAAGAUGGGAAUAUGUUGGUCUCUCUAGAUGAAUUAAAUGCUUUUUCAAUAACAAAAAAAUUGGCGAUUGUCGAGAAGGAUCCUAAAAUCUUGUGGAAGGCAUUAGAGGAUGUUUUUGGGUUUGGUUUUUUUCAUCCAACAAUAGAGGAAGAGUUUGGAAUUACACCUGCUUUUAAGGAGUAAAUAACCAAAUAGUUCAACGAAGAAUUGAAUAAGGCAAGACAUGAAUCUCAAUCUAAGGUAAGCAAGUUUGCAGGAUCUGUAAAAAAUGAAUUGGAACUAUUCAGAAGAAUUAUAGGAAGGAAAAAUUAAGAGAUUUCCUUGGUUUAAUCAGCUCAAUAGUCUAAAUACGAGGUAGCAGUUUUAGAAUAUAAGGAAAAAACUUAGGAGGUGCAUGAGGAGGCUAUGAAUUUGAAAACUAAGUAAUGUUUAGACAGAAUAGGUUUUAAAAUAAGCGGCCAACUCAAAAAGAUAGAAAUAGUUGCAGACUUAAAAGAUAAAAUAGAAACACAAACAGAGAAGCUCACAGAGCACGUUAGGAAAUAUUAGGGAAUUAAAGCUAAGUGCUAAUUGCUUGAAAAGACUAAUAAUUAUUACAAAUAUAUGAUUACUCAACAGUCAGUUCAAAUUGAAUCAAACUCGAACAAGGUCUAGGAAGUUUCGGGCUAGCUGAGAAUUUAGGAGCAAGAUUUCAAUUUAAAGUUAGCGGCAUUUGAAGAACAAAGAUAUUAUAUAAACUUGCUUGAGAAAGAAUUGGAUAGGCUAAAUACACUUUUCAAGAGGAUGUCUGUCCAGAAUCCAAAUUUUGUAUUCUUUCAACAGAAUCCUAUUCAAGGACUCGAGCAAUUAAGACUUAAGGUUAAGAAUGAAAUGAACAACAAAACAUUCAAGACUAUGAGUAAAGUUUUGAAAGAUCAUAAUAGAGAAAAAUUCACAAUGACAGACAUGAUGGACUUGAACUAAGAGAUUCAAUUUAAACCUUCACUGAUUUUAGACCAGGAAUAUAAAUUCGUUCAAGGGAUAGACACUGAGAGAGGAUCUAAAUAACCUAAUGCUAAAAAUAAAUCAUCUGACCUGAGCAAUGAGGAGGAUAGCUAUCUUUUGCAAGCAACUAAGAAUUUUUAAUCUAAGCUAGAUUCAGCCAGGUCUAAGGAUAAAGAAAAUCUUAUGUUUGAAGAUUCAAUGCAAGAGUAGGACUCUGUAAUGAUUAAUAAAAUGACUCCAACCUAUAAUAAAACAUCACUCUAAGAAAAUUAAAAAGAAUAGAAAAUAGAAUCCAUUGCAACUCAAGGUGGCAAUUCCAGGAAUGGCUAAAAUGUAAACAAGUCCCAGGAAUAAAUAGAUCCAAGAUAUGGAAGACUAAACAAAUCAGUUGAAAGCUAAGGUGGCUAAAUUAAAAAUACGAGGACAUCCCAUAAUAAUAUUCAAGUAUAAGUUCAACCUAAAUAUGAGCUAGUAUCAUUUAACUUGAGAGUUUUCGAAAAGAUGCUCAAUAGAAAAUUAGGCUUAGAGAGAGUUAGCAUUGGUAUAUAAACAGAUUAAGUUUAAGAAAAUGUUAAUAAUACCAAUAAAGAUUCACAUCCAAUAAUAAAUAUACGCACAAGUAAUAAUAAAAGACUUUUAAAUAAGUCUUAAAAGCUGCUUUAAAACAAUCGAUUGAAACAGUCAGUGAUAUUCUCAAAGAAGCAUUUAGAUUUGGAAGAUGAUUAUAGACUACAGAAUGAAGAAGUUUAACUUCAGUAUGAUGAUGGUAAUUACCCAAAAUCAUUAAGCAAAUCAUUUGUUGGACAAGGCUAGAAUUUCAUAAGAGAUAGAAUUCGCUACAAAAAUAGGAAUCAGACUUUCCUCAACAGUUCAAUUGGUGAGACCACUGAAAAUUAUUCAGAAGAACGGCUAAAUGAAAGCAAAUAUGAGUAAGAUCCUCAAAGGAAUCAAUCAACAAACUCUACUAUACUUGAAGGAAGAAAAAAGAGACAUAAGUCACCUGAAAAGAACAGGGUCUAGACAGCCAUGUCUCACUAAAAUCAGCACAACAGCAGGAAUCUCAACAAUAGGUCUCUCAUUAGACUUGAGCGCAAUAAGAGAGAUAUCUAGAACAUAUUGAUAUAACACUAUAAUGGUACAUCCCAGAACUCAUUGAAAUUCCAGACAACAGGUAUCAGCACUUAAUAGAUGACUAUACUUGGGGAAUAUCAAAGUGAAAAAAGGCACAAAAAUACCAACAUCUCAACUUCAAAGUCAAAUACAAACAAAUGA